AUGAGUCAGGAAAUCUUCUCCGUCUACGCUCCCUGUGCCCACUGGGUCUACGAGGGAAAGGUCAGGUGCAAUGGUGCUGAGUCCUUGGUGAGUGUCGUCAAGGAACUCCUCAAGAAGAAGGGCUGCGAGCCGCAAACGGACUUGCAGAUUAUUAUCGAAUGGUGCCCAAAGUGUAAAGCCGGCUUUGCAAAGAUCAUCCACACACCUGGAACGGUGUUUCAAAUGCAAAUCCUCUGGGCCGUUGACGCCGAGACUGUCGGCUACCAGGCAUUUGCUGGUCUCGAAGAGCUAGAGUACGUGCCAGCCGAUCGAUUCGAUGCCGAUGGCAAGCGAGAGGACGGCACCUGGGAGCUUCAAGCCCUGAAGAACGAGGUCUAUCGUUUGCGCCCUGACUCCGUCUGGAUCAAGGACGAUUCAUGUUCUCGUCAGCUCUCUCAUCAGUUGGAUUUCUGUCAGCGGGCUCUUGACCCGACAAAGGAAAAGGCGUGUAAUCAUAGUCAAGCCGAGGAAGUUGCUCUCUUGACUAUCUUUUCUUUUGUCGGUUCUGGUUCAGAACAUCAUUACCAACACUACUAG